AUGGACACCGCGGAGUUCUUGUUGCAGCAGGCAGUGGUCUACGAGUCAUGCUUCUCCCCUCAAGUGCGCAGUACGCUCGAUAUAAAAAGUGGUGAAGAAGGGCUUGCUUCCGAGUCUGUGUCUGUGUCUGUGUCGCUGAGAGUUUUGGUAUAUGACUGCCUAAACCUCAAAUCAUAUAAGGCGCUAGUGGAGCCAUCUAUGUGUGAAGACAUUCCUCACACGUUAAGACACGGUGUCCUCCCCGACGCCCCCUCAGAGAGUCCACCUCCUUACCAGCGGCCGGCAAGGUGUCCACAAUACCGCUCCGGUCUGUGGUCUCGUGUGGACGCUGGUCUCGGGAGGCGCUCGUGCUUGUCUGCGUUUGGUCUGUGGUUUCUUCUCACCUUCUUCGUGCACGGAGAAAUCUUCCAAGGGGACCAAGAUGCCGCCCUCGGAGAACAAGCCCUCUCUCCCCUCCGCCCCGCCCACCGCCACCCCCUGCAGAAGGGCGCGCAGGAGGACGAGGAGGACAAAGCCCAAAGAAAGGAGCUCCUCAGAAACGGCUUCUGGGCGACCGUCAUCUCCAUCGGCAGCCACAUUUACGGUGACAUGACGGUGGCCAGCGAUCUCCCCAAGGACCCGCGACAGAACGCAUGGCUGCUCAUGUACUCCCCCUACCCGACCCUCGCCCUCUGCCUCGUCUACAUCGCCGCCGUCACCUACGUGGGGCCGAAACUCAUGGCGGGUCGAAAGCCCUUCUCGAAUCUCAGGUCCGUCAUGAUGGCCUAUAACGCGUUCCAGGUCGUCUUCUCCGCUUACAUUUUCUAUGAGUCUGGCAUGGGCGGCUGGUUCGGAUCCUAUUCCUUCAUCUGCCAGACGUGCGACUUUUCCGAAGAACCGCAGCCUGUCAGGAUCAUGCAUGCUGGUUACUGGUAUCUGUUCUCGAAGUUCAUCGAUUUUACAGAUACGAUUUUCUUCGUCCUAAACAAGAAGUACGAACACAUUUCGCUCCUCCACGUGUGCCAUCAUUCCCUUAUGCCAAUCAGCCUGUGGUAUGGCAUUCGAUUCCAGCCAGGCGGCCAUGCAACCCUCGGAGGAUUCCUGAACUCCUUCGUCCACGUCGUCAUGUACGGUUACUACCUCCUGGCCGCCAUGGGUCCCAAGGUCAGGCCCUACCUGUGGUGGAAGAAGUACCUGACCACUAUGCAGAUGGUUCAGUUCACCGUCGUGUUCUUGCACAGUAUGAUGUUGGCCUUUAUCGAGUGCGAGGUCCCGCCCGUGCUGGUUCGGUGGGCGGCGAGUGUGGCUGCCCUCUUCUUCGUCCUUUUCGGCGAUUUCUACAUCAAGGCCUACAGGAAGAAGGACAAGAAGGCGGUGAAAACCGAUGCCAGUGUUUCGCUCAAAAACGGACACGCAAAUGGAGUGUCCAACGGCGUGCAUAGCGGCGCUGCGGCAAAGACCAACGCCGUGCCUAAUGGUGCUCUGGCCAAGGAGAACAACGGCGCGCUCAAAGUACCCUGCAACGGCACGACGACCUCGGCCACGGCAUACGAGGGCAUGACAGUGAGGAACCGAGGGGAGAUUUGAAUUCCACACGUUCCCAGACCCGAUAAUCCAAAUCGUAUAUAUAUAUUUUCUUUUUCUUUUUUUUGCACGGGAUCUUGUCGUCGACGGCAUCCCCUGCGUUGCUUGGAAUCCGGGAUCUCUUGCUGUUAUCAUUACACAACAAUGAGAUCCUUUUGUUAAUCUGAAGAUAUACAUCAUUCCUUUGCCUUUCAUCGACCGAUAUUACAGCAGCAUUCAAAAAUCCCUUUGGAACUUAUUAAUGACAUAUAUCAUAACUAUUUAACAAAGGCAUUCUUAUCUAUUCAAAAGCCAGUAAGCCAUAUUUCUCAUUUUAUUUCCCAUUCUCAUCAUCAAGGAAACACCGUCUUCCUUGUACCUAAGAAUCUCCCCUAUUCACUCUACAGUCUACCUACGUAUUAUUUACUAUAUAGUCCGCGAGGUGAAAAAAGCACAUACACAGAGGGCAUUCAGCUGCCUUUUUGCUUCCACCGUUAUCUGUCUCUUGUGCUGAGCCUUUCGAAUUUCACUGAAAUCUUUGGCCAGUCACUGCUUCGACAGACAGGCUGAGAUCACUUGUACUUCAGGUUUUGUUUUCCUUUUUUCAGCAGAAUGUAAACUUUUAAACUGGAAAUACCGAGUCACUGUACACUAGUUUACGAUUGCAGCGUGUGGGUAAAGCUUUUGAUUAAAACUAGAUUUUUCUGUCUAUGAAAGAAAGAAAGAAAGAAAGAAAGAAAAAAAAAACGCAAAUACUUGAGGACAUACUUUUAUAUAUUGUAAAUGUCCUGUCGAAAUAUAAUUGCAAUGUUACUUGACUGCUUUCUAAAAACUGAAUACGUGACAUGACAAGGUUUUAGAUAAGAACAAAUAUCAAAUCGAAUCUCUUAACGGUUAAAAGACUUUUUUUUUUAGCUGUGAAUAUUCCGAUCCAUAAGGAUUGACUUCUUGAUAUUCGCGAAAUGGAAAUUAAAAUCAAGAUUAACCCAAACGUAUUAUUACGGUCUUUUGUAGCAACACGAGAGAAGUGAUAAUGAUUUAAUAACGAAAGUGUUAUACUUGAUUGAAUUGAUAAUAACCAGCUCGAACACACACACACACACACACACACACACACACACACACACACACACACACACACACACACACACACACACACACACACACACACACAC